GGUGUUAAAGGUUUCUAUUCCUGAGAGAAUUGAGUUUCCCUGUCGCAAACGUGCCGAUGCCAUCCGAGAAGGUAGCUUGAAACCAAACCAACUGUGUGAUGACCAGGAUGCACUACCGCCACCGGAAGAGCAAGACGCUCAGCCUGUGCGGGAGCCAGGCAGAGGUAUUGCUCUUAAGAAAACAGAAGAGUACACUUUCCGCAUGACAGACGCCAUACAUAAGGCUCUUACCCGUCAGCAUCCCGCUCUCAAGCUAACUUGCUGUGCACUCAUCGCGCCCUUUCGCUCUCCCGUUGUCGUCAUGUUGACUCGUGCAAUCCAAAUGGCCAAGGCCUGCGCGGUUGCCGGGAGGCCCGCCAUCCUCGAACGCAUCACCCAAUGGGAAGGUGUGGUCAAUACCCUGAAGGGAGCCAUCGCGGUGGCGACCUGGGACGACCCACAGGUGCUCCUACGAGAGAUGGAAGGUUGUCGACUCCCCCUGGCGAACAUCGUCGAGCCGAUGCUGGGCGGUGGCAAUGCAGAAGGGGCGUACGACACGUUGGCGGAGGUCUUCAAGAACACGCCCGAUGGCUUUUUGGCAAUGUGCCCUUACCCGCCGGGAGGCGAGGUCGACCUGCUGAUUGUAUCAGACUCAUCUUUGGCUCUGGUACCUGACCCCAAUGCAGGGAAGGCUUCAUGUUUUUCCGGAGGCGAUCUUCUCAAACCCUGGGGAGACAUCCGUGGCAUAUAUACCAAAAUGCUGUGGGGCAAGGGAUUGAAUCAUAUGGUCCAGUAUAUCCCCGAGGCCAUCGAUGACAUCGAGUCCACCAAUCGUGCCCAUGGUCGUCCGGUUCUUCCGGUGUUGAUCAUCGUUGGGUGGGCCGGCAAUGAUGUAUAUGGCGAAGGGGGUUACAGAGGUGUCCAUUGGAUUCACAGGGCUGCCUACAACAAAUCUGCUGCCGACCAGGUCACGGCCAACUGGUGUGAGCGGCAAAAGGCAAGGGUUGAGCGGUCCGUCAAUGACUUGGGCCAGCUCAAACGUGAUGAACCCCGAAUCCUGGACAUCGUGGUUGUGGGGAACGCCGACGCGGACAUCUUUGCUCUCCCGUCGGCCUACAACGAGACCAUGCGCGUCCACAUCAAGGCACUGCGCGAGGACCAUGGCAUCCAAACCCUCGACACUACCCUGAUGCUUGCCCGGACUGUGAGGUACGACAAGGUUCACUUGGAAGAUGAUGCCAUCAAUCGGAAGUAUGUUACCAACUUCCUUCAAGCCGUCGCUGACUGCCACCUCUCCUACCUCAAGCUCAUCAGCGUCGACGACCAUUUGAGGACACUUCCAAGAAUCGAGGACCUCCAGGAGCAAAAGAACUACCCAAACCUCACCAUCCUGAAGGCCGCGUACCAGCUCGAGAUCGAUUCGAAUGUCUCCUCACCGCAAGAUCUUCCUCAACGACCCGAUCCUGAGAAGAUCAUGCUUGAUGCAGACAUCGAGAUUUUCAACUGGGUGCUCCAAGCUGAGGAGAACGCCACAGCCUCUGCCGACCGGGAGGUCGAGUCCUGGAUGAGAGACAUUCCUGAAGAGGACCAGGCACUGGAACCGAUGCGUCAAGACAACGCUGAUUCUGAUGAUGAGGCGGUCAAGGUCCAGGCUCUCACCAUGGAAGACCGAAUUCAGGCAAGGCGACAAGGCCUCUCCGAAGAGCAUGAUCAGGAGUGGCAAGAUGAUACCUAUGCGGCCGAGGAUGAGGAGGAGGAGCUCGACCUUGACGACCUCGAGACAGUGGCUUCGGUGGAGAUUGUCGAUGAAGAGGAGUUCCACGACGUCGAGGAGGGGCAGGCCGAGGCGAUCAACGAUGAUGACGAUGAUGACAUGGCCGUGAUCGACAAGGUCUCUUCUAUGCAGGCCGAGAAGUCUGAUGCACGGGGGGACCCGGAGCCCAUGGAUGUUGAUGAUCAGGGCAACAAGAUGGUCCAGAGCACGGCAUCAGCGAAGACCUGGAAGACGGAGAUGGCUCAGAGCUCGUCAUCGGCAAAGACGUGGAAGACCGACCUGGCUCAGAGCGCAUCAUCGGCGAAGACCGCCAAGCUCAAGCCAAAGUCCAAGCCGGCGAAGAAGGCCAUGCCCAAGAGAUUGAAGGUUGUCGAUGAGGGACAUGGCCCGAGCACUGAGCAGUUCGACACGUCGAAAUUUGCCACGGCACAGGAUCUGGUGUGGAUUGAGCCGGACAACAUGGCAGGAGUCCCUGUGCGGAAGGUGGACUACGGAAGGCUUAGCUCAAUUUCCCAUGCUAUGUCCGACUACCUCCGUGGCCACCGCUUGUUUCACAGGAGGCCUUCACCAGAGAUUCGGAGGACUGAUUUGUCAAUGGACUUCAAGGCGUUGGUGAGGCAUCUCCAAGGAGAUUUUGCGCAUCUCCGAGAAGAAGAAGUCUUGAUGGUAGUGCGCAACUCACCGAUGCGCCGCUUCAGAGUCCAGGUGAAUGGAUUGUCGUCCGGAAAGCUCAGGUGGACGCCAGUGAGGAUCAGGGCCAUUCAGGGCCAUCGGGCCUUUCUCGUGGAGCAAGGGGGGAUGUCGACCAUGAUCAAAACGAUGUUCACUUUUGAUGAGAACUUCGACGAGACCAAGGUUGACGACCCAUCAGUUCACCCCACUUUCUUCGCGAUGCCGGAAGGCUCGCCUGUGUGGCACAAGUUCCCCAGAGUGGUGUAUCACACCUGUGACCAAGCCGCCUUCAAUUCCAUCAUCAAGUUCGGCCUCAUCCCUGCCAUCCUGUCGCCAGACUGGAUCUCGAACCUCCCGAUGAUCAACGCCUUCGAUAUGCGCUCUGGCGAGUUUUUCUACAUCAAUAGGGCUUAUGUCAACCAUCGGAAGACCUACCAGGAGGUCCUCAAACAGGCCAAGGCCGAGUUUGAUCCCGAUGACAUCCUCAUGAGCCGCAUGGAAAUGCUGAUGGAGAAUGCUCAGCUGAACUUUGAAGGCAUCAAAGAGCGCAUUGAGUUUGGCAAGCUCCUCCCCUUCUCCAGGCGCGAAGACAUCCAAGUGGAGAAAAGCACCGCCACCCGGGAGGGUGAGCCGGCAUCAGGUUCUCAGCUGGUGCCCGGCUACACCAUUGCAAAGAUGGCCGCCAUGACGAGCACUGAUGCAUGUGGAUUUCAGCGUCGUGGGCGGAACGGACCCGGUGGUGGAAACUGGAAUCGAGGACAGGGCCGAGUUGGAUUUGAGUUGCAAUUCAAGGACAUCUCCUACAACCAGAUCCAAGACUCCCCUCAGGUGCGUUGUUGCCCACCGGGAGGCAAUGGCCCGUACCAGAGGUGUGCCCUUCUCCAUGGACAAGGUGAUCUUCAACCACCCUCGGAGAGGCAGAGUAGCCAGGCAGCCGGAGAAGGGAUCUUCAUCUUCUUCGACCGCCGUCCGGACCAGAAGCACCUAUGCUAUGGCAACUUGAGAGACAUGGCCCGCAACUACGUCAGAUCUUUCAAGAAAAGGGGCUUCAAAGACCUUGUUGACAGACUCGUCCGCGACCCAUUCUUUCAGUUCAAUGCGGCGAAUCAAAACUUGGUGCCGGAGGCAUUGCUCUUCAUUGAGCGUCUGGCUGGCUGUGUGAGUCCGACCAUUGAGCGCACCAAGGUGUUUGUGUCACAUCGGGGCGUCUUCCUCGACAUUGGCCAGUUCGCAGUCUAUGUGGCGAAAUUCAUCAAGCCGAUUCAACGACCCCUACCCAUUGUUUAUGGCUGGGGCAACCGUGACUUUGUGCCUGAUGCUUCUGAUGCCAAAGAGAUCGCGAAAGAACUGGUGUGGAGUUCAGCAAGCUGCAGUGGUCGAACUAUGCCUCCCAACAGACGCACAAGGAGUCUGAAACCACCGGCGACGACCGGGAGGUCAGUCUACCUCAUGCAAGUGGGCCCAUCAGUCGACCUGAACAUGAACGACCCCAUCACGAGCAAUUCGAGCCAAACCUUGGCAAGCCUGCUCGCGGAGGUCCUUACGGUCAAGGCCAGGGUGGAAAAGGUCACUACAAAGGCGGAGGACAGACAAAGGGAAAGGGACAGCAGAAGGGAAAGGGCAAGCAAGGCAGAAGCCCACCGGGAGGUGUGGCCUAUGGUGACUUUGAAGGAGAUUCCUACUGGGUUCAGGGCUACCGCUACACGUGGUACUGGAAUCAACAGCGAGGCUGGUACUGGCGCUGGACCUGAACUUUGGGAUGACUCGCAUUGA